AUGUCAGGCGAGGCAGAAUCGUGCACGCGUACUCGGCAGGAUAUUUCCCUGAUCGCCCACCAUCCAUUCGCCCCCAUCACCAACCUGCAACCCGCCGCCAUCCGCACAUCGCCCCCCGCCCAGCCUACCCUUCGAUCUCCAAAGGUACAAAAGACAAGUCCAGUGACGAUUCUGCAUACGAACUGCUCCGCUCAACACGAGCUUCUGCUCAACACGAGCUUCUGCUCAACACGAGCUUCUGCUCAGCACGAGCUUCUGCUCAACACGAACUUCUGCUCCGCAUCUUCUAGCCGUGCGUGGCGCUCUGACACGUUGGGAGUGCUGCCGUUCAAGCCGUGCGUGCCUGACUUCACGGAGUCUGACGCUGCUCAAGCCGAACUGCUUCCAGUGGUUCAUAACCCUUCCUCGUUAUCAAGUAUAAUGGCCUUUGUCAACAAGUCCAACACACCUGGACCAGCCAACAAGGAGAUUACGAACGGAGGAGACCUGCACCGAAGCUACCAAGGAUCCGUUGAAGGAUCAUGGAGGAUCAUGUCGAGCAUAGAGGCAGAUCUGCAACUGGCCUCAACCAAGCAGUUAGAAGCAGCUAGAAGCUUCAAGCUUCAAGCUUUCAAGGAAUGGGCGAAGCCAACGAAGCAGCCAACGAAGCCAAUGAAGAAACACCUGACGGAGCAGCCUACUAUCAAGGAGCCUUCCUUUGAAGGACUAACCAACGAAGCAUUCGAAGAAGCUAAUGGAGAAGUAGCUGACGGGGGGGAGUCUACUACCAAGCAUAUGAAGCAGAUAGAAGCAGCCCACAAAGCCGACAUUGAAGCUUCAAGCUUGCAAGGACUAACCAACGAAGCAUUCAAAUGGAGAACUUGCUGCAAAUCGAUUCUUGAGCUUUCAAGGAGUAAUCAACGAAGCAUUCAAAUGGAGAAGUUGCUGACGGAGCAGCCUACUACCAAGCAGCGUGUGAAGCAGAUAGAAGCAGCCCACAAAGCCGCCAUUGAAGCUUCAAGCUUUCAAGGACUUACCAACGAAGCACUCAAAUGGAGAAGUUGCUGA